UCCAGAAAAUGGCGGACGAAUUGAAUAGGUUUGGAAAUUGUGACUUCUCACCGAUCGUGGCGUGUGGCCGAUACGGGAGGCGGAGUCUUCCCACAGAGACGGGUGACCACACAGAGAUCAGCUUCCCAAGACUCGAGAGUUCUACGCCCAACAUACUACCAGCUAAAAAGUUCAGUUCCUUGACAAAUCACCAUAUCCAUGGUCACCAUAAUAUAAAUACCAAACUUGGACUUGGGCGGCCUUCGGCAUUUGGCAGUCCGUCAUUUCCAUCGCCACUUGACCGUAUUAGGCCUGGGUGGCGUGACCGUGCCCGACAGCUAGGCAUCAACAACGAGCGCGAGGCAUCGUUUGAAGUGAACCAGAGCUUCCCGAAAUCGGCCAAGAGUCGUUUGUGUCUGGACGACACUCUGGCCCAGCCGAAAUCUAGACCAAUGAAGUACUUCACUAACAUCCUCAGUGAUGUCAGCUUCAGCCCAGGCUCGGCCAACAAGGGGUCGUUCAGUGCAGACCCCAUGAAUGUGUCCAACACGAGUGACAACUGGACUUUCUAUAAUUCUGUCAGCAAUGGCCACACUGGUGUGAUUUACCCCUCGACAGUACGCAACCCCAACAAGGCCAUUUGUACAAUUAACGCCAAAACAUCCGAGAUACUGGUAGCCAAUGAGAUCGCUUGUGAACUCUUUGGGUAUGAGAGGGAAGAUUUUAUUGGACGACAACUGAAGGAUAUGAUCAAACUGAAGCCUAAGGACCAGGCCACCAUAAUGGAGACACACCUGGAUGAAGUGACCGGUGAAGUGGUCAGUCUGUCAGGCAAAGUGGUUGAUGCUGUAGACAGUAAUGGUAUCGUCCUACCAAUCUCACUCUGGGUGAGAAAACUAGGUCAGGAGCCUCGUUGUCUGGUCGUCAUGGAGCCAGUACACCGCACUGUUGGCAUGGUGACCUUCAACUCGGAAGGAGCUAUCUUGUCGUGUGAUGACCAGUUGGCCUAUCUCCAUGGUUACAUGUCUGCAGAGGAUGUCGAGGGCCUGGACGUCAGGGAUCUGAUCCCAUCCUUCACACUCCCUUGCCCGGGAAAACCCCUUUCUAAGGGAGUGAGGAAACAGCAGGCCACAGGUCGUACUAAGGAGGGCAGCUCUUUCCCUCUCAGUGUAUUUGUUAAACUUAGUGCUGAGGUGGAAAGGGACAAUGAGAUUGUAUCACGUUCACACCACGAGGAUGAUGGUGUCUAUCUGGGCAUUGUCUGGGUGUUUUCUGGGAUCAGUGGGCUGAUAACAUUCCUACCCUCCGGAAAGAUCCACACCAUAAAUGAUAACUUCGCCCUUCUACUCUUUGGCUACUCCAAGGCUCAGCUCGUCGGCAAGGACAUCACAGAGCUGAUCCCAAACUUUGGUGACAUCAUGACAGAAGAGAACAGUCUUCUUAUCCCUAACCACAGCGACAUCACAACAGGGGGAGACAAUUCUUGUUCACCUCGCGAACUCAACUUUGAUAAACCUCAUGACAGCAGUGAUGACCAGGGUAUCGGCAGCAGUAUUGGUUCCAGUCAGACUCAGGGCACCAAGCUGGACAUUCGACUGGAUGCACUCUCAACUCUCCAACCAGGAGUGACAUCCACUCCUAACAAACCCUCCCCCACAAAUCCUCUCGCUGACGACACUUACUUUAGACGUGCAAUGGAAAAGGAAAAUUUAAUGAGGAAGUGUUCCCCACUUCAGGGUGGCCAGACUCUAGCGUCACUUGUCACUAAGCUGGACCUUACAGGUGACAGUGAUGAGGAAGACAUUUCGGUGGUUAAUUCACUCGCCCCAGCUCAUCCCAGUAAUACUUCUACAGGUACUGAGGGAACUGACUCAAUGGAGGCAAUCCACGAUACAAAUGAAGCAGCCCACAACGCAUGGGAAGUAACUAACAACACAAGGGAAGUAACUCACAAUACAAGGGAAGUAUUUAACAACACAAGGGAAGUAACACACAAUACACGACAACUUGAACGUGAGCUUGACAGUACCAUGCCAACUGAUCACCUAAUGUCUAACAGACGGGAUGCAGGACAGCAGAUCACCCGUCUGCCUAGAGACAUUUUUGACAUUGGGAGACAGGACAUGAUAUUCAGGAAUGAGAGUAAUUAUUCUGAGGAGUAUGAUUCCAUGUCAAGUAGUGGGGACUCAGUGGAGCUGAGCAGUACUGCUGAACUGCUGAGUGCGAGGGUAGGUGCCCUGGCCCUGGACGUGUCCGGUCAGGACCACUCUGGUGUGUCCAGUGGAGAUAGUGUUGUGUCUGACCAACUCAACAGGUCAAGCCCUGGCAAUGCAGCUGACAUCAGCAACAAUGUAUGCCAAUCUUAUAGUGCUAAUUAUGAUAAUAAUGACUCUGUGAAUAAAAGUGCUAAUCAAAGUGAAAAUGACAAUGACUGUGGAUCCAAGAAUGGUUGUGAUCCUGAUUAUAUACCAAAGUGUUCACCAGUAGUGAUAGAAGACAGUACCAGUUCUGAGUGUUCGCCGGAGACGGAACGCCCCCUUGCUCGUGACCUUCUGUCACCCUUGCCUCGAUUCCCAGUACUUGACAGUUCUCGAGGGACUGGUUACACGCCAGACCUGCUGCCAGAGGACUCAAGUAGCUUUCGACACUACAAUGAAUACUCGUCUCUCAACCUCACAGAUUCCAACCUCUCCAACGAUACCUUCUCAACCUCUGAUGACAGUGAGGACUCGGGUGAUGAGGAGGAGGAGGAGGAGGAAAAUGACACAAGUCCACUCAAACGAUUUCCUGGCAAUUGGAGACCAGAGGCGGCGCCAUGUGACAUGUUGAAUGUACCAGAGGGCAGCUAUGCUGGUGUUUGUGAACAUCAUGAUGGAUCAAACCUAGGAAUAAUUUUCCAGGUGAAGCGCGUACAGAUGGAAGGCGGACAGUUUGUGUAUUGUCUGUGGGUGUCCCGGGACCCAGAGGAUCAUCCUGACACGUCACACUCGUAUACAAACCUCACUCUGGCCUCCAGCUUCAACAGCACCAUGGACCGGUCAGUUGGCGAGUGUCUAACAGACUCCAGACUAGAGGAGAGAGAGGAGGAGGAGGAUGAGGAGAGCGAUCAGCAGGAAGACGAGGAGGGAGAGGGUAUGGAGUACAAUCUAUCCUCAGGGCAAGGGUUGUACGAUAUCAAGUAUGAGACCCUCUCCUCCAUAGGCAAGGGAGCGUUUGGCUUUGUGAAGCUGGCAUGUUGUCGCACCAACAACACACACGCUGUUGUUAAGUUCAUCAAGAAGAAAAAGGUGCUGAAUGAGUGCUGGACGGUAGACAGGAAGUGGGGCCGAAUUCCACUCGAGGUCAGCCUCCUCACAAAGCUUGACCAUCCAAACAUUGUCAAGGUGGUGGAUGUGUUUGAGAACGAGAACUUUAUACAGAUGGUCAUGGAGAAGCAUGGAAGUGGGAUGGACCUGUUUGAGUUUAUAGAUCGUAGUCCUCUGAUGGACGAGAGUCUGGCCAGCUACAUCUUCAGACAGAUGGUGUCUGCUGUAGCCUACCUCCACUGUCAUCAAAUCCUGCAUCGAGACAUCAAAGAUGAGAAUAUUAUCCUUGAUGAGCACUUCGGUAUUAAGCUGAUAGACUUUGGUGCGGCAGCCUACCUCAGUAAGGACAAGCUGUUUGGCACGUUCUGUGGUACGCUGGAAUACUGUAGUCCGGAGGUCCUCAUGGGCAACAAGUACCGCGGGCCAGAGUUGGAGAUGUGGUCGCUAGGUGUGACGCUGUAUACCCUGGUGUUUGGAGAAAACCCAUUCUUUGAUGUAGAUGAGACAAUCCAGUGUAUCCUAAAACCACCGUUCUCUGUGUCUAAUUCCCUUAUGUACCUCCUGAUGUGGCUGCUCCACCCAGAACCACUGAAGCGUGCCAGGAUCUCCGACCUGGAGAAUGACAAAUGGAGCCACCAGCCAAUGGAUAUUAGUCAGUACAAAUGGUGUGAAGUGCUGCCAAACUCAGAAUUCCACGGAAACACUGCUGCGGACAAUAGGAUCGACUCCCCGGACUCGAAGGCUGACCAACAGAGAUGGUCAAGGACAAACGGAGUGUCAAGUGGCCACUGACCGGCCGUAUCCAUGGAGAAUUACAGAAGACACAUCUAGUACUAUAAACUGCCAAAUGUUAUAAACGACACUGACUUGUAGUGGGUGUAAUGUUGUCUGUACAUCGCUGUAAAUAUCUCUGUAUAUUUGUAUAUGCCUGUAUAUACUAUUUAUAUUUUUAUGUGUAGGAUAUAUAAUUAUAGAAGGCACUGGACUGUGUCGGCCCGGCCACUGUACAACAGUUGUGGACACUGAAUUACAUGUGGUGAUGGUUGUACAGUGGCUAUUUAUACGGUUGUACUCUGCUACUAGUCAUACAUGCAAUAUUUAGAUUAAUCAACCAACAGCAUUACCUUGUGUCUGAAUGUGUCUGUGUAUUGUGUGGACAUGUGUAGGGUGUGGGUGUUAGUAUGAUGUCUGUGUGAUGCGACACUCCUGUAGGGGUGUGGGUGUUAGUAUGAUGUCUGUGUGAUGAGACACUCCUGUAGGGGUGUGGAUGUCUGGGGUGUGGGUGUUAGUAUGAUGUGUGUUAUACCUGUAUGACACACCUGUAAGGGUGUAAACAUGUGUGACACAGACCAGAGAGCGUAACACUUGAUCAA